AUGGCCGACCAAAUGCAAGAACUCCUCGACAUCCCCAAGGACUUCGUCAAGGAUGGCACGCAGUUCAUGAACCGUUGCACUAAGCCCGACCAGAAGGAAUUCAUCAAGAUCUGCCAAGCUGUCGGUGUCGGUUUCCUGAUCAUGGGCGCAGUGGGAUACGUUGUGAAGUUGAUCCACAUUCCCGUAAACAACAUCUUAGUCGGUGGCGCAUAG